AUGGGGGCCUCCCGAGUCCGACAGCAGCUCCUGCUGCUGGGCGCGUUGGGAUGGUGCUGCUGCAGCGGCGCUGCUGCAGCCGCUGCUGCUGGGGAGUGGAGCGAAGGUUCAGUUGAGAGAGCAGCAGAGUACCUGGGGGAAACGGGCGAGGAGUCUGCAGCAGCAGCAGCAGCAACAACAGGACCUGAGCGACAACUGCAGCAGCUACUAGACGGGUUUGUAGAUGAUGGUUUGCUGCGGGUGUUGGGGGCCCCUGCUGCAGCUGCUCCUGCUGCUCCUGCUCCAUUAGAGGUCCCUGACUGGAACGAAGGGCUGAAUGACAGUCCGCAGCAGAGCAACACCAGCAGCAGCAGCAGCAGCAACACGAGGCCCCGCGUUCACUUUACGGGGCCCUUCCCCCCCUCCCGCUCUUGGGUCCCUGUUUAUUUCUCUAACUACGGCAGGCAAUACCCAAUGGGGCCUCUUCUUCUCUCUUGUCUCCCUCAACCAGGAGGACGCGCUGCAUGCGAUGUCGUACCUAAUACCCCAUACUCACCCACAGACACUCAAGCAAAAAAAGAAAGGAAAGAGAAAAAGGAAGGAGACAAAGACCAGACAGCUGCAGAUGCAGACGCUAAUGAAACGGAGACAGGUGCCGCUGAUGCAGAAGAAGGAGACUCCUGGCCUGUUGGUGCUUCUGCUGCCUUCUCUCCUGUAACCCCACAAGAACUCUUUACUCUGCUGCCCAAGCUGCAGCAGCAAAUCGGGGACAACCCAGAUCCGGCGAAUCUGCCUUGCAAAGUGACAGACAGUCCUCCUCAAGGCGUCCCGACCCUCGGUGAUAUCUUACGUUCCCGCUCCGACUUAACAUUAUUUGAGUCGAUGCUGAAGACAUCUCGCAUUCAACAAUUAAUUCCCUGUCCCCUAACUUUCUUAGCUGUCCCUGAUAAUAGAGCCAGAGACUUUCAGGGAGGGAGACCCCCUCCUUGUCUUGCUAAGGCCCUUGCGAGACCUGAAUACCAGAGAAAUGUAUUAAAACUUAUAGGGAGACUGGCUCUUCUGGGUAAAGUAGAUAGUCUCCCUGUGGGGGCUUCGCUGCCAGUGCUGCACGGAAACCCCGGGAGAGUUGGAAGAAGAGGGCAAAUGACGACGUGGAACGGAGUCGAUGUUGAUAAACAGCCCAUCAUCUUCCAUCAAGGGGUAAUCCACACGUUGGCCCGCAAUGAGUUGUCAGACAACGAAAGCAGGGAGCUGCUGCGGCAGAUUGUUUAUUACGACUGUCUCCAUGACCACCUGCUGCAGCACCCUUCUCUGACACGCUUUGCUCUUCUUAUGGUAGAUAACCGCAGGUUUCUACCCAUCAUUGGCAUGCCCCCAGCCUCCAGUAAUGCAUUAGCAGAGGAGUCUGGGGGAGCAGCGGAGCAGCAGCAGCAGCAGUCUUCUUCUGCAGCUAAAGGAGACAGUCAGGAGACAGAUACUGCAGCACAGGAGACAGCAGCAGCUACACAGAAGGAGACUGCAGAGCCCCACGAGGGGAGAGCAGCAGCAGCACCAGCGGCUGCUGCUGCGGAAGAGGCGGAAGCUGCAGCAGAAUCAGAGGAGACAGAGACUCCUGAGGCAGCAGAUAGAAAAGAUUGCGGCUCAAACGCAACCCGUUCUGCUGCAGCAGAGCAGCAAGAGGCAGCAAAGGCUGAGACUGCAGCAGCAGCAGCAGCAGCUGCAGCAGCAGCGGCGGAGACGCCGAAAGAGACGGCUGAGUACCAGGCGGAUGCCGCUGUAUAG